GUUUUGUUGUAGUGACGAGCAGGUCCUUCACAAUGGAUUCUUCCGCGCGACUUCCUUCCUCCACCACAAUAAGCAUGUGACAUGUGAAGAGUCGAUCAACAGCGCAUUAAAACUCUUUCUGAGACUAUAUAACCGUGUCAACAUUUCAGAUAUGGGAAAGAAGAAGGGCGUAGGGUUAGGAAGAUCUUUAAUAAAGGAGAGAUUAAACGCUGGACGCGGAUACAGGAGGAAUGACACAUGGCUCCACACCAGUGAGCUGAAUGAUGGUUAUGACUGGGGUCGACUCAAUCUGCAGUCCGUCACUGAGCAGAGCUCUAUGGACGACUUUCUGGCCACGGCUGAACUUGCUGGAACAGAAUUUAUUGCUGAGAAGAUGAACAUACAGUUUGUCCCAUCUGAAGCGAGGGCUGGAUUGCCUUCCAUUGAAGAGUCCAAACGGAUGAAGAAACUUCAUGAGGAAAACAAACAGCUCCUACGAAUCCCCCGAAGGCCUCCUUGGGAUGAGAACACGAGUCCUGAUGUCCUACAGCAAGCCGAGAGGGACAGUUUCCUCGUAUGGAGAAGAGAACUGGCUCGGUUGGAGGAGGAGCAGAAGUUCAUUCUUACCCCCUUUGAGAGGAAUCUGGAUUUCUGGAGGCAGCUGUGGCGAGUUAUUGAGAGGAGUGAUGUCGUGGUACAAAUCCUCGAUGCCAGAAACCCACUUCUCUUUCGCUGUCCGGAUCUUGAGAAAUAUGUCGGAGAGGUCUCUGCUCAUAAAGUAAACAUGCUUCUGCUGAACAAAGCGGACCUGCUCACUAGAGAACAGAGGCGAGAUUGGGCCCGGUACUUCCAGAAGGGGGGCAUCAGAGCAGUGUUCUGGUCCGCUUUGGCCGAGGCACAGCGACUCGAGGCCGAAGAGAAGGGAGAAGAAGUGGUUGACCAAGAAGGUGAAAGCGAUACAGAACAGGAAGUAGCCACAGAAGAAAUGGACUCUGCGCGUGAGACGAGAGAAGAGAGCGAGCAGGAUGAAGAUGAAGUUUGUGUUGAUGAGACCAACUGGCAGACGUGCUCCGAGGAAUCUGGAGAUGAAGAUGAUGCACUAACCUCAAACCCAUCAGCCUCAUCGUUCUACAACUCCAGCCGUUUGUUACGCAAAGACGAGCUGCUGGACGUGUUCAAAUCGGCACACUCUGGGCAAACUUGCAAAGAUGGACAAAUCACAGUUGGAUUGGUGGGGUAUCCGAAUGUUGGGAAGAGCUCCACCAUCAACACCAUCCUGAUGAAUAAGAAGGUCUCCGUUUCAGCUACACCUGGACACACUAAGCACUUUCAGACUCUGUUUGUGGAUCCUGCUCUCUGCUUGUGUGAUUGUCCCGGACUGGUCAUGCCUUCCUUCGUUUCCACCAAAGCGGAGAUGAUCUGCUGCGGGAUUCUGCCCAUCGAUCAGAUAAGAGAUCAUGUCCCAGCCAUCUCUCUCGUAUGUGAAACUAUCCCUCGAGAUGUUUUGGAGAGGACCUACGGUAUCAACAUCAUCAGACCGAGGGAGGACGAGGACCCCGAUCGACCGCCUACCUACGAGGAGCUGCUCAUGGCAUAUGGAUAUAUGAGAGGCUUCAUGACCGCCCACGGCCAGCCGGACCAAUCCAGAUCAGCCCGUUUUAUUUUGAAAGACUAUGUCAGUGGCAAACUCCUGUACUGUCAUCCUCCACCCCACAUCAACCCCAAAGACUUCCAGCCUCAACACGGCAGCUUUAGCAGGCAGACAAGAGGAACCAAUCAGAACAUCAGCUGUGAUGAUAAACCGUCUAAAGUCAAACGCAUUGAAAACACAGUGGAUAAAAACUUCUUUCAUCAAGAGAAUGUCCGCGCUCUGACUAAGGGUGUGCAGACGGUGAUGGGGUAUAAGCCGGGCAGUGGCCCCGUCGGGCCUGAACAAGCGGGAACGGAACAGCAUCCCGGAAAGUCCUGGAAAAAACACGGUAACCGAAACAAAAAGGAGAAAGUGAGAAGACUCAACAAACAUCUGGAUGCUUGAUCACAUUUAAACACCCAAAUCUUAUCAAAGAUGUUUGGAUUUAAUAUCAUCUUUAAUACAAAGACAUUUAGUUUUGUCUCACGCCUGCGGCACAUUCCUCUUGAUAACUGAAUACUGUCAUUUAUAUCUGAUCAAUGUAUGAGAUGAAGGGAUUACUGUGGCCGGCUUAGCCUACAACCAAUGCUAAUAAAGUUAUUUAAUCAUGUUUCUUAUUGGUUUCAU